UGCGUGCAUUUGACACUGACGCCACGGUAGGUUUGCUUUGCUGCUCGGAAGUGACGCCAUAUCAGUUAACCGGGUUGACGCUGGCUGGCCUGGGCAGCUAGUUCAUAUGGUAACGUUAUUCAGCGAACUUCCAUACUGGCACAGGUGAGGCAUCAACAUUGGGUCUUCUUUAUGAGAGAAAAUCAACGGAAAAGCAAUUGUAAUUAGAACUAAUAUGAGACUAAUAGAGAACAGGUUGGAUAGUAAAGUGCACGGUCCGUGUCAUGAAAAUAGUAGAAUUUUCAGCUAGCCAUCCAACAGCUAGCGAAGUAGCUAAUGCUUGCUCGUCAACCAUCCAAAUUCAGAAGUAUCUGGGAGAAUUUGUGCGCAUUUAGCUAACGUUAGUUAGUUGUUAUAGAACGACAUUACGCAUAGUUUUAGGGUUAAUUCGUCAGGCUGGUAUUUUAUUUGCAAGCAAUGUAGCUGAAUUGGCUAAUGCAAUUACAGAAGAUGAGCAAUUAUACACGUAAUACUUCAAAGACCACCAUUUGUAAUUGAACAAAUUAAGUCUACGUUCAGUAGCCUUCGCCACUGUUAGCUUGCGAAGCUAACGUUGCGUUUCUAUCUGGUUAGCUAGAGAGCGUUGCUAAGAUACUGCCACAUAUUUAUGCGAAGCUAGCUAAAGCGUAAGCUAUAUGACAAGGUUUCAUACUGGCUUCAGUCGUUCACACUAGUUUCUUAUGAAAGUUAAGUGCUAAGUGUUCACCAACGAAAAGCAGCAAGCGGAGUACAGCAUGGCCCGGAAAAACAUCCCUAAGGAUACGUCGGGUGUCGUUUUUGACACUCAUUCCAACAUGGUGAUGUCCCAGGGAGGAACGUUUGAGCGGAUGAAGGAGAAGAUAAACGCGGUGCGCGCUGUGGUCCCCAACAAGAGCAACAACGAGAUUGCCCUGGUUCUGCAGCACUUUGAGUACUGCGUGGACCGCGCUGUGCAGGCUUUUGUUGAAGGCAGCGCCGUGGAGAUCCUGAAGGAAUGGAAUGUCACCGGUAAAAAAAAGCCCAAAAAAAAGAAGAAGCCCAAACCCCAAGCCAAGGAGCCCGAGCCGGAGCCCGAGCCUGAGCCUGAGCCCACCCCCACCCCCUCUGAGUCCACCCUCCCUCCCGAGGCGCCCGACACUCUCAACGGGUUUCACGGCAACGGCUCCCUGGCCGCCGAGGGCGACUCUCUGGACUCCCUGAGCGAGCAGCUGGACUCCGUGUCGCUGGACGCCGAGCUGGACUCUGAGCCCGCCACGCCCGACCUGCCCGACCUCACAGCACCUGAAGCAGAGCUGCAUUCUGGAAGUCCUGGACUCCAUCAACAGGGUUCCCGCAACAACAAGUCACGUCCCAGACCUGGUUCCAGCUCUAGCUCCUCCUUCCUCCCAAAUGACCAAUCAGGCGCAUCUGCUGCAAAAAAAAUUGCCUCCAACAUUGACCGCUCGAUGAAGGACCUGCAGAGGUGUACGGCGUCUCUGACACGCUACCGUGUGCUGGUGAAGGAUGAGAUGGACUCCUCCAUCAAGUGCAUGAAGCAGACCUUUGCGGAGCUCCAGAGCUGUCUAAUGGACAGAGAGGUGGCACUGUUGGCUGAGAUGGAUAAAGUGAAAGCUGAAGCCAUGGCUAUUCUGGAUGGCAGGCAGAAGCGAGCAGAAGAACUCCGGCGUUUGACUGAUCAGUCAUCCUCCAUGUCUGAAGACCAGCUGAGCGAACUCCGCGCAGAUAUCAAGCACUUUGUUAGCGAGCGCAAGUAUGACGAGGAUCUGGGAAAAGCUGUGAAGUUCACCUACAGCCUAGAGCCCCUCAAGGCCAACAUGACGUCUUUUGGAGCAGUGUACCACCCUCAGACUGGGUAUUCCAGCCGCUCUCGCUGUAGCUCCUCCUCCUCUUCCCUCAUUGGCCCAGCAGCGGGGGCUCCCUCAGCAGCACCAACUUCUGCUUCUGCCCCCCCGGCUCAGGCUCCGCCUUCUGGAGGUCGCCCCAACCAGCCACACAGACAGGGUUACCAGGGUAAUCGGCGCGGAGGUCAACGCUUUAAUGGCUCCUACCACGACCGAAACCCUGGCCGGGGUGGCUAUCGUUACCCAGGAGAACGGUAUCAGGGUGACCGCUACCAUGGCGACGGCUCUAACUCUACUACCCACACCUGGGGCCCGACCUACUCUUCCUCUUACAGUCGACAUGAUCGUCCUGCUCAUAAUGGGCUUCCUCAGAGGCCUCCCCGAACCCCCUGCCCCUGACACGCACACCAAGCGCUCACAUCACAAACCCUCCCUUCUCACCCCCUCCACCCCUAGGCCUGGCCAACUUGUGCAUACACACUUACACACUUACACACACACACAGCGCUCCACUCAAACUAGAGUUGAAACUAGCUGAAGUCCUCAGAUCAGCUGAGCAGUGGAGCUGGCGCACAUGGGCCUCUGGAGUGCGUUGUCAUUGGCCAGUGGUGUCUGUGCACCUCCCCUUCCCUUCCCUCCACGUCUACACCCCAUCCCCCAUCCCCCUUCUCAUGAAGAAUCAAACUCAAGUUUACAUAUUCUCUGCUGAGCUCCAGUGCCACCUGUACAAUCUCCUCUCUUUCCUGUCCUGUGUCUGCAGAGCUUCUCUCUCGCUCUCUCUCUCGCUCUCUCCUUCACUGUAAAUCUCCAUCCCUCUCUCCAGAUGCCUCCUUUUUGUCUUUUUUGUUUUAAUCUUUUUAAUUCUUUUUGGUGUUGUUGACACCCAUGUACAUUCAUUCCAGAGACUAUUAGCAAACUAUGUAGUCUUACACUUGUAUUUGUUUAGUGCACUGUGUAAGGGCAUCUAAAACAUCUAAGCUUUAAUUUGAUCAUUUGUUUUUGUUUAUUUUGUCUUUAAAGAUCCAAAUCUUUGUGUUCUCUAUUCUUGUUAAAUGAGUUUUAGUUGUUUUUGUUUGUUUGUUCUGACCUGAGCUGUCUGUAGAGCUGAAGCCUGAGUGCUGUAGUUGUGGCUGGGAUGGGCUGGGCUGGGAGGCUGAGCUGCCAAACCCUCACUCUUCCUGGCUCAGAUGCUGCCUCACAGCCAAGAUCCCGCCCCCUCUUCCUCCUCCUCCUCCUCCUCCUCCUCCUCUGCCACGUGGAUCCACUAGGGCUGCACACUUUCUUUUUCUUCCCCCCCCUCCCACCGUCCAGCUGUCUGUGUGGAUGUGCAUGGCUGCACAAACAAACAAAACUGCUGACUUCCUACCGUGUGUGUGUGUGUGUGUGUGUGUUUGUGUGUGUGUGUGUGUGCGCAUAUGAAUGUGGAGAAGUAGAGAUCAGAUAUGUAUGUGACGUGGGUGCUUCCCAGAUAUGUUCCCUUUCCCAUGACUCACACGCUGGCUGAUCUUCAUGGUGGAGAUCCAACUGCACCCACGCUGGGAGUCGUCUGUAUGCAUGGAGAACUGGAAGGAUGCGUUGCUCUUUCAAAGUCUGGACAUGUGGAACUUGAUGUAGCCUUGGGAAGAAGUUCUCAGUUUCCUGUUGAGGUUGAUCUUUUCUGAAGGACCAACCUCAACAGGUUUUUUUUGUUUGUUUGUUUUGUUUUGUUUUGUGCAUGUUCAGCAAAGUACAGUGUAGAGGUGCUGAAGAAAAUGGGUUCAACCCCAUUAAUGCACAUCUUUAAUGUCUGAAGAAACGUUAGGCUAUAUAGUAUAUACCUCACUGUAGCCACCUUGCUGCAGCAGUUGCUCCAACCACUGCACCACCUGGGGUUACUCAAACUCCAUGCGGCAGUUGAGCCUCUGUCACCUCCAGCCAUGUGACCACCCACAAAGGCAGAGUCAGCAUCUUUUCUCUAUUCUGGAUCUUAGUGAAGGAGCCUGUCACUUUAAACACUAACAUAUAGUUUACGCCUGUGCACAUUUCUCACUACAUGCUGACACGUUUUUUUCUAGAACAAUCUUGAGCCUCUAAGCUGUACUCGUCAGCUGUAGUGGUUUCAGAAUGUUGUCUCGACUCCUUUUUGUUCUGUAUGACAGUAGUUGUUUGGUAGGGUUAUUCCCUACUUGCUGUGAGAACUGUGUGCUCAUUCUCACUCGCGCUGGUGUAGUGUUAAGUCACUGUUGGGUUUAGGAUGGCAAAUUGAUCCCAUGAAGAAUUUGGCCCACACUGUCAUAAAAGCUACGAGGACUUUCAUUGAAAUGACUUAACAGGGACGGCUUCCCACGUGGCUGUGUCCAGCUGUUUGUGUUGGGCUGGUUUAGCAGUCAGUCAGAACUUGGAUUCACUCAUGCCUCAACCCACAUUUGCACUGCCAAUGUAGCCUUACACCCCACGCCAUCCUCCACACACACACACGUACCACAGAACAACCUUCUGUGACAAGGUUGGACACUGAUUAUAGAUCGCCCCUUAUUUUGUAUUUUUAAUUUUUUUCCCUUUCAGUGUUUUUUGUCUGUUUUAUUGUCCUAUUUUUGGACAUUUCUUCUCUCUUUCUGUAAAGGUGUUCACCAAAGAGACUGUUAUGUUCUAUCUUUUUCAUUGUACUGCCUUUUUGAAGCUUUUAGUUCUAGUUCUUUUUAAACCGUUGUCGUCUUAGGGGAAAAACCAGAUGAACAACAGGUUAACAACGUUUACUGCUCACUGCUCUCAUCUCGUCUCCUUUUGAAACUUGUACAUAUGUAAACUUGUUAGGCUGCCCCCUAGUGGGUCGUUAUGUAUGAAGCUGUGUCAUCAGGCUCAUGUGACUGAGCUCUGGACCUUACAGAAAUAGUUUAAACCGACUCCUCUUCCCUCUGUGGUUCAGAUGAUCUGCUUUCUGUUUCCCCUGAGACAACUAAACUCAAGUGCCUUCUUGUCCCCUCCUUUUCACUCGCCCUCUUCGAUCUCCACUGAGUAUGGACCAAAGACAUUAGCCCCUCCCCCUCCCCUGACCACACCCUCACCUGGCGCCUCCUUCACUUUCAUUGGCUCCAGAUAAUCAGCACUUGGACCUCCCUGCCCAUGCCACGUCUGACUGGCACACUUCUCAUUUACUAUCAAAUAAAAAUUGUUAGCAAACGCA